GAACCCGUCCAAUCAGAACAAGCGGACCCAAGAAGGAAGGAAGUGUCACCAUGCAGGACAGUUGUUGCAAUAACAUGAAAAGAACUUCCUCAUAAUUCAGUGCACGUUUUUCCUCGUAUGAGUGCUCUUUUGGUAAAUCUGCAAGGCGGAAACAGAAAGAAAGAAAGAAAGAAAUAAGAGUUUAAGAUGGGAUACAUGACAGUAGAGGAGCAGAGCUUCACCCUGCUCCACCUGAAGAGAUCCCCUGGCAUUCGUUCCUGGUCUCUUCUUGUCGGUAUAGCAUCUGUUGGGUUGGCAGCUGCAUACUACAGCUCAGACAGCAUCUUGUGGAAGCUUUUCUACGUGACCGGCUGUCUGUUUGUAGCCAUGCAGAACAUGGAGGAAUGGGAGGAGGCUGUGUUUGACAAAACCAAGAACCUGAUUGAGCUCAAAAGUGUUAGCUUGUACGCUUUAGUCCUGACGUUAUGGAGGAAGGGGCAAGAGAAAGUUGUGUUGGAUCUGACACAGCUGUGUGACGUCUGCAUCCAGGAAGAGAGGGUUCGCUAUUUGGGUAAGGGCUACUUGCUGAUGCUGAGGCUGGCUGCAGGCUUCUCCUACCCCCUGACUCAGAGUGCCACAAUGGGGGGACGCAGUGAUGUGGAGGCAGUGGCUGCAUUGCUGAAGCGCUUCCUGGGGCUGGAGGAGCUGCAGCAACGCAGGCAGCAGGAGGAAGAGGCAGAGUAUGGAGAGGGGGAGGAAGAUUCUUUGGACAACAGCAGUGAUUCGGAUGAUGAAGCAGACAAACUCUGAUCUCUCUGUGUCUUGCAACCUUGCUGCAACUUUGGGUGGAUUGAAUUAGGGGCAUUAUGGCAUUGCUAAGGCAUUACAAAGGGUGCAGUUUUAGUGAUGCCCUUAUUACAUGUUAUACUGUUAGCAUGUGCAUAUACCACCAUAUAGCCUUUUUCAGUGUCCUCACAGACCUCCUUCCUUGUAUUUUUUUUUAUGUCUAUAGCCUAGAGAGGAUAAAGUAAAACAUUUUGUAUAUAAUUUCCAUGUGAACUGGGAUGGGAAAAAUCAUCCAAUUAAAUGUUUUGUCAAGCAAAUGUUUCAUAGUUUAGUCAAAGUCUUUUAAAACAGUUCCAGGAAAUAUGGAAAAGGAGACUUUAUCUGACAUUGUACUGUAAGUGUAGCUCUCUGUAAAUGAAUAUUAUGCCUUAGCUUUUUUGAUUUAAUUACUAUUUGAGAAUACACUCCAGAUUACAGAUUUUCCGUGCCUUUCUGCUGAACUCUAAUAAGUGUUUAUGUGUGUGAGUCAAUGGAAAGUUCUUUGCCCACAGUUUUCUGGACCACCCAGAUGAUAAUCACCUUUUGCAUGUUUAUUCAUACCCAGUCCGCAAUCCGGAUGAAUGCAUGUGCAAACUGUAAUUAAGCAUGAGGGGUUUUCAUGGCUCAAUCAGGAGUGAAUUAUGUGUAAAAUUCUUUGGCCUAUUGCUUUUCUGUCUUUUAACAUUUCUGUACUAUUUGUGAACCAAAGACUGAAUCUCAGGCAAACACUUUGGUCAAACUAUUUUUUUCCCGAAAAGUGUAUGGAAUCAAGGCUGUGUAAUGGCUCACAGUGAAUGUCGGUGAGUUCUGCUCUGCUCGAAAGAAAAUGAGAAGAUUGUUUUGUUGGUUGAUUUUAUUGUCUUUGUUUACUUUGAUACAUUUGGAGGAAUUAUAUAAAGUUGUUUUUAUAAACCCAAA